AUGACUUGGGUGGAAUUUCAACAACUGUUCAACAUCAAUUACUACAACGUUAUUGUUAGAGCGUCAAAGGUGGAUAAAUUCACAACCUUGAGUCAAGGGAAUAUGACAGUGACCGAGUAUGAUCUAAAGUUCGACAGACUGGCUAAGUUUCCGACAGACAUAGUGCCAACUAAUGCUGCUCGAGUGGACCAUUUUAUACGUGGAAUUAAACCCAUGAUAGCUUUGGAUGUGCAUAUUGUUUCAGUUAGGGGUAGUAGCACCUAUGAUCAAAUUCUUGAAAGAGCUCUCACUGUUGAGAGAAUGGAGGAUAGGAUUUGGAAGGAAGAUAAUGGUGGACAACCUAGUCAAGAUAGGAGGUCCAAGAACUAUAAGAACAAUGGUCGCACUGAGAACAAAGAAUGGGUACGAUACCCUGAGUGCGAGAAGUGUAAGAAGCACCAUCCAAAGGAGUGUCGGGCAAAUGCAUGUUUUGCAUGUGGCAAGGAAGGACACAUAAUUAAGAACUGCCCACAACAGGGACAAAAUAACAAUAAGGAUCAACCAAAGAAGCAUGAAAAAUUGGUUCUGGCUCGAGUCUAUGCACUCGCAAAGGAAAAAGCAGAGGCAAGUACUUUCAUGGAUUCAGGUCAGAUCUCUAUUGCUGGAAUUGACUUUUAUGUAUUAAUUGAUUCUGGUGCCACUCAUUCUUUUGUUGCAAAGAGAACAGUGGAUAAGUUUGAUAGAUAUUUUGAUAUGUAUGCUGAGGGAUUUGGGACCAUGUUGCCAUCCGAGUAG